AUAGGGUAACCAUAGUAACAGUUUAUAGUUUUUGAAAUAUUUAAUCAAUUUUUAAGAUUUAAUCUCAAUUAUAUUUUCUUUACAUUAAAAGAGAUGACUGGCUUACCGAAGUUACCCGGAUUUAAUUUCCGUGACCCCACAUUAUCAAAUUUUCAUCUUUCCCAAACCUUUAAUAUAAACAAUGGAUACAAGUUACCCAAACAAAAUUAUAUGGGAAUAGGUAAUAGAGAACUUGACUGCAACUCGGUAAAGUAUAUAGGAAUUAACGACCCGAUUCGUUUUGACCCCUCGUUAACUUAUGGAAGGUGUAAAACUAAACCGCUGCCCCAAUUUAUACCGCACUAUGCAUUAUACGAUCAGAAAUGUCUGACUUUUAAAGCUUUUUUUAAACAGUCGGUGGUGGAGUCUCGUUUAGAAUUCUAUCGCGUUCGACCUGUCAACAUCAUAUAUUUUUUAGAGGACGAUACGAUCACUGUAAUAGAGCCAAGAGUAUCUAAUAGCGGCCUGCUGCAGGGAAAGUUAGUCAGACGAGGCAAGAUUCCAAAAUACGAUGAUGGAACUUACUGGCACUGGAAAGACCUAGCAGUUGGAAAGGACAUUACGAUUUACGGCGUUGUCUACCAUUUGGUAGAAUGCGAUGUAUUUACACGGGAAUAUAUGUCUAGUCAAGGUUUAGAUAUGGCCGAUUCGGAAGAAAUGCCUUAUGAUCCAUACACAAUGAACAGGCGACUUCAGAUUAUGCCAAAAGUGACGAAAACGCCACCCGCUGAUGAUAAACUGCGACGAUUUUUGGAAUACGAUGGAAAAAUCUUAAGAUUUAAAGCGGCAUGGGAUGACAGAGAAAAUGAGCUUGGCGAUUUAAUGAAAUUCGAAAUUUUAUAUUUUCUGGCUGAUGAUACCGUUUGUGUCAAAAAUGUGCAACAGGAAAAUAGUGGUAGAGAUCCUUAUCCCCUGUUGCUAAGAAAGAUCAAGUUACCAAAAAUAUAUACAGAUACACCAGUAACGUAUCCGUCAAUAUACUUAGAAAAAACGGAAAAUGAGGUGACCGAAUAUUAUCAACCAAAAGAUUUCUUAGUUGGAGAUACGAUUUUUGUUCUUGGACGAGAUAUGAUGCUUUAUGACUGUGAUAAAUUUACCAGAGAUUACUUCAAAAACGCUCUCGGAAUAGAACAAAAACCUGGUAUUGUAGUUGAUACCCCUAAAAAAGAAUUACCUCCUCCGCCACCUCCUCCUCAUGACGGCUUAGGUAGUUUGCAGGAUUCUCUUCAAAACACUCUAACGUUUAUGCCUAAACGUCCACGAAAAGAUGUGAUGAAACAAAUUGUUAAUGCCAAUAAGUAUUUAAGGUAA